AUCUCGCGGGGUAAUUUUAGGCAACGAAAUGGCCAUAAUAACAUACGCGUAUUUCGUUUGUAUUCAGUCAUCUGUCAAUUAACGCGCGUACGAGAUCGUGUUGAAUAUUGAUACCUAUACCUCUGGCGAAUUUAGUAUAAAUUUGACGAUAGGUAAAAAGUACCUAUAUUCGGCUCGUUCAUCUCGUUAUGAUUAAUUUCGUAGUGUUUUGUUGGUUCAUUUCGGUGGGUUGCGUGUAUUCGGACGAGGCAUGGACUUUACAGCGAGCUUCGGGCGACGAAUCGAAUGUGAUUUUUAAAAACACGACUUUUACCGGCGAUCUAAUGAUGUGUUCGUGGUCGUGGAAAGACUCGCUGGACGGUAUUUGGGAAUCCAGAGUCAGAGUGUCAUUCAAAAACGACAGCUACAAAGGGGGCGGAUUCGAUUACCACGAUGGAUACGGCAGGGAGCUAAUUCGAGUACGUUGGUAUCAAUUACCGGAGCAAAAUAUCACUUGGAAAUCACUAUUCACCAAUAAAUUCCCGCCUACUGCGUGGAAUCUCAGUGCACCAUUUGCCACAUGGGGUUUUAUGCCAACGGGAGACCUUAGUUGGAGCUUUUUCGUCAAUAAUGUAACAGUGGAGCCGAAACCCGCAUUUCAAAGGAAUAAAUUAGCGAAUCCUUUCGUCGCCAGUGUCCAAGAUCUAACCCUGGUGUUACGUAAAAAACGAUCCGUUCAAUCGCAAGCUGCGGAAACUUUUCGAUCAUCCAAUGAUGUAAGAGGGUUCAAUAUUAUCGAUUUAUUCACCGGAAACGGUAUAUUUUCUCAAGUUCCACAAAUGCUAAUCAAUGUUUUUAGCUUCGUAUCCAGCCUGUUCCCGUCUGGUAGCAACGAUUACGAUUUACCUCCGGAUGAUUACUCUACCGAACCGGAUGCCGAAACUGUUCCUACUACGACAGCCACCGCUGCUUCGAAAACUACACCGGCUCUUUGAUGAGUAUGCACGAGAGGGGUUUCUGAGUGAGGGAAGGGAAGAGAGAAUUUUUUGAGUGAUGAUUUUGAGUUUUUUUUUUCUUAGAGUUAAUUGUAACUGUAGGAGAUUUUUCUGUGUUUUUAAAAUAUACGAUGUGAAUUUUUUCAAUACACAAUGGCAAGUUUGUACUGUA